AUGGCUACAAAAGGUGCUUAUAAACGUUUGACCAAAGAGUACAUGGCUAUUCAGAAAAAUCCACCACCUUAUAUUACUGCCAAACCCUUAGAGAGUAACAUUUUGGAUUGGCACUAUGUGAUUACAGGACCACCCGAUACACCUUAUGACGGAGGAGAAUACUACGGUCGAAUCACUUUUCCAGCUGAAUAUCCUUUCAAACCACCUUCCAUUCGCAUGAUUACACCCUCAGGACGAUUUCAACCAGAUACUCGACUCUGCCUCAGUAUGAGCGACUUUCAUCCCAGUUCCUGGAAUCCAAGUUGGUCCAUCUCCACUAUACUGAACGGCUUGUUGAGUUUUAUGGUAGGUGAUGAAUCAACCACUGGCAGUAUAAAGACAAGUGUCCAUGAAAAGAAAAUGUACGCUGCCAGAUCUCAUCUAUGGAACGUAAAGAACCAAAAGUUUAGAGAGGUGUAUCCUGAACUAUGUAAAAUCAACUACCAUCAAGUCAAAGCAGCAGCUGACAAUGGCUUAAUAAAAAGAAUACCUGCUGGAAACAACAAUGCACAGCAACAGCAACGAGAAGAGCAAUCUGAUCACCAACAGCAUCCACAAGCACAGCAGCCUCAGCAAUCACAACAGCAACAACAACAGCACCCCAUCACUCGCACCGUGAGUCAAGGAAAGCGUUGGGUCUUUGUGCUUGUUGUGUUUGUGUAUUUGAUUCUCUCCAAACUUAUUGCUCGAUCCUCGUCUUCUGCAACGGGUCCCUCUGCUUAA